UCAAUGGAAAGUAUGAAUCAGUCUAUGGUGUCCGAGUUUGUAUUCCUAGGACUUACAAACUCUUGGGGCAUCCAACUAUUCCUUUUUGUGUUCUCCUUCACAUUUUAUGUGGCAAGCAUGAUGGGAAACUCCUUCAUUGUGUUCACUGUGGUUUCUGACCCUCACUUACACUCACCCAUGUACUUUCUGUUGGCGAACCUAUCGUUCAUCGACUUAGGUAUUUCUUCUGUAACUUCCCCCAAGAUGAUUUGUGACCUGUUUAAAAAGCACAAAGUCAUCUCCUUUAGAGGUUGUGUCACUCAAAUCUUCUUCAUCCAUGUUAUUGGUGGUGUGGAGAUGGUGCUUCUCAUAGCCAUGGCUUUUGACAGAUAUGUGGCCAUAUGUAAGCCUCUCCAUUACCUGACCAUUAUGAGCCCAAGGAUGUGCAUCUUGCUUUCAGUGGCCUCCUGGGUGGUUGGCCUUAUGCAUUCUCUGGUUCAACUGGCUUUUGUAAUAAACUUACCUUUCUGUGGACCAAACGUGUUGGACAGUUUCUACUGUGACUUUCCCCGGUUUAUCAAACUUGCUUGCACAGACACAUACACACUGGAAUUACUGGUCUCAAUCAAUAGUGGAUUCAUGUCUGUGUGCUCAUUUUUCAUAUUGAUUAUUUCCUAUAUUAUCAUCAUAUUUACUGUUCAUAAACACUCUUCAAGUGGUUCCUCCAAGGCUCUGUCUACACUUUCAGCUCAUGUUACUGUGGUGGUCUUAUUCUUUGGUCCUGUGAUGUUUUUUUAUACAUGGCCUUCUUCUUACACACACCUAGAUAAGUUUCUGGCCCUAUUUGAUGCACUUGUUACUCCCUUUCUGAACCCAGUGAUCUAUACAUUGAGGAAUCAAGAAGUGAAAAUGGCAAUGAUGAGAUUAUUCAGCAAGCUAAUGGGUUAUCAACAAAUUCUUAAACAUUUGAACUGUGAACAGUCAUAA